UCAAUGGUUUAGUUAUUGAUAAUUAAUUAUUGCAACUAUUUUAUAUAAAAAACGAGUGUCAAUUAUUUUAAUUCACAAGUGAUUUUAUAACUUGACCAUUUCAAUAAUUUUUGUUUCUCUAGUACGACAAGUAGAAUAAAUUUUUAAUUUGAAUUUUAAAAAAUAUUAUUUAUUAUAAAAAUGGGUCAAACUAGUGACAAUGAAACAGAAGUUGUUUAUAUAAAAUCAGAAAUUCCUGAAAUAGAAGACAAAACUGAUAAUGAUGACAGUGCUCUGAAUCAAAAUGAUGAUCAAUGUAAGAAUGUUGAAAACGAUAACGAUGGUACCGAUAAUGAUGAAGAUGAUAAUGAUAUUGAUGAUGAUAUAAGUUUUUUUGAAAAAAAGAAUUCAAAUUUAAAACAUAAAUGUACAUUUGACGGUUGCGAUAGAUCAUUUAAAAAACCAUCACGUCUGCUGUGGCAUCUUCGUCAACACACUGGAGAAAGACCUUACAAAUGUAAUUUUGAAAAAUGCAACAAAAGUUACACGACAUCGUCACAUUUAAAACGACACUUAUUGAGUCAUAAGUCCAUUCAUGAAGCUGUUGUUACAAUAAUUUUGUAUAGAUGCGGCUCAUGUCACUUGACAUUGAAAAGCCGUGAAAAUCUAGUAAAACAUUAUCGACGGGUGCACGGAAACAAAGAUCGUUUGUCUUGUGAUGAAUGUAAAAUGAAUUUUCGUAAAAAAUACAAAUACGAUGAGCACAUGGCAUUUCACAAUGGCCAGUGGUUGAAGUGCAAGUACUGCGAUCGUGAAUUUAAAAACAUGAGUAAAUUAAGUAGACACCAAAAGUCACACGGUACUAAGUAUGAAUGCCCUAAGGCAAAUUGUAAUCUGAUCUUCGACACUUUCAUCGAGUUACGAAAACAUUCUAAGGAUCAUCCAAAGGAACAUCAAUGCAAUGUAUGUAAGAAGAAAUUUUUACAUAAAAACCAAUGGAAAAGACAUUUAAAAACCCAUGAAGGCAAACUUAUCGCUUGUCCAUACGAGGAGUGUAAUAAAAGUUACUGUCAUUCAAAUCAAUUGAACUAUCACAUUAGGACGAAGCACGAAAAGAGUGUCCUAUUCGAAUGUGAUUUAUGUAAGAAGACAUUCACAUUUAAAUCGGUACUGAGUAAACAUAUACAAGCGGUGCAUGUAAAUAAAAAGUUGAAAGUAUAUAAAUCAGGCGAUGAAAGAAGGGAGAGACAUGACGCUGGAGAAGCUAUUCGAAGUAUGCCGUCAACAUUAGUAGGAGUUUUAUUGCCGCGAAAAGUAGAACAUAUAAUACUAAAUCGUAAGAGCAGUAUUGAAAUGUCAACUGAAAAUUUUGAAUCCGUUGACGUAAAAAAUUUUAAUUAAU